AUGAGAUAUAUUGAAAUAAUUGCCAUAGCAGUUGAAGCUUCUGUAAAAUACAUUUUUAUGGACCCAGAGAAGCAAUUCGAACAGAGAUGCAUCAAGAAGCUUAAAAUACUCGAGAUAAAAAGUAAAAUAGUGGAAGUGGAAGUACAAGUACGAAAAAAACCUGGCAUAAAAACGCCACAGGUUGAAAUCAAAGGAUCAAAGCAAGAAAAGACAACGUGCCUAACCGAACUGCCAGACGUGGCGCCGUGCAACGGCACAGUGCGGUUGCCACCUCCGUGCGAGGACUCGCCGAGCAGCGGCAGCAGCAGCAAGGAGCGACGAGAUGACGACAGCAACAGUCCCCGACGCAAGUGUAAGCUCAUAGCACCGAUCGUCCUUCUGGUCGUGGCCCUAUUUUUCGGUGGCUUCUUCCUGCCCCUGCUCCUACAGUCCGCGCCAAUAACCUACGAGGAGCGACUGCUCGUGGUCUACAGGAUUCUCUCCGAAGUGCCUCUGAUUGACGGGCAUAACGAUUUGCCCUGGAACGUCAGAAAGUUCGUACACAAUCAAUUGGGAGAGGUGAAUCUGAGCAGUGACUUGGGCAGGGUCGAGCCCUGGGCCAAGUCAGACUGGAGCCAUACGGACGUGCCGAGGCUGAGAAAGGGACGCGUUGGUGCACAGUUCUGGUCGGCGUACGUGCCGUGCGGUGCAGCCCAACUGAACGCCGUUCAACUCUCCUUGGAGCAAAUAGACGUGAUACGCAGGCUCACCGAAAUGAACUCCCAGCACCUGACGCUCGUCACCUCCGUGAAAGGUCUCAUCGAGGCUCACCGCGAUGGAAAAAUCGCAAGCCUGAUUGGGGUCGAGGGCGGCCACUCCCUCGGGAACUCGCUCGGAGUGCUCAGGACAUUUUACGGCCUCGGCGCCCGUUACCUCACACUCACCCACGCCUGCGAUACUUCCUGGGCAGUCUGUUCGGUUGGAGAGACGAACGCCACCCAGGACUCGACGCCCGGCCUCAGCGAAUUCGGAAAGGCAGUCGUGAGGGAGCUGAAUAGAUUGGGCAUGCUGGUCGAUCUGUCGCACGUCUCGACGCGCACGAUGAACGCCGCCCUCCAGACGACCAGGGCGCCGGUCAUUUUCUCCCACAGCGCGGCCAGGGCGCUGUGCAAUUCCAGCAGAAACGUGCCCGACGACGUGCUCAGGACUCUGAAAAAAAACGGUGGCAUUAUCAUGGUACCUUUUUAUACUUACUUCAUAACGUGCAACAACUCGGCGACCAUCAAGGACGUGAUUGCGCACAUCAAUCACAUACGGAACGUGGCUGGCAUCGAUCACGUCGGCAUCGGCGCCGGAUUCGAUGGAAUAAAUUUUACACCCGUGGGCUUGGAGGACGUGUCAAAGUACCCCCACCUGUUGGCCUCACUGCUAGAGGAUCCAAAGUGGUCAGAGGACGACUUAAAAAAGCUCGCUGGCCUUAACCUCCUCAGGGUCUUUGGAAAAGUCGAGCAGGUAAGGGACGAGUGGCAGAAGGCGGCGGUGCUGCCGGUCGAGAAGAUCAGUCCGCCGGACAACUCGGCCUGUGCCUACGGCGCGUCCUGAUCGCCUUAAAGCAACGUACUCGCCCUCCCGAGUCCCAGCUAGUGGAUUUUCUUCACCAGCACUACAGAAC